GUUUCAGAAGCGGAAGGGGAAGGCUGUGUCGCAUUUAUGCUGAAACGCCAACUUCGCAUGUUCAGGGAAAUCUUUGGUUUGAAAAAAGCCAACUACGUUUAAUGAGCCCUCAUCCUUCCACUCAGUCAAACAAUCCAGCAACUAGCGGAAUCCUACUCCAGCUUUGCUAGCUCUGCCAAAGGAGAAGCUCCACAUGACUUCCCGAGCUCACAAGAUGGUGGCCCUAGCUCGGGCCAAGAUCAAAGAAGGAGCAGUCCCCUGGUCAUCUACUACGAACCCUGAUUCUUCCAACAUGGAUGACGUUCCCUGGGACAUGUCACCUAUUCCUCCACCACCAUCAGCAACUGAAGCAAUCGAAGAAGACCUUGCGUUUGAUGCUAACCCUGCUUUAGAAAUUGCAGUCCUGGAAACGAUGGAACCGAAGACUGGUCCGGAACUUGCAUCCCAACGACUGGAAGCAGAGCCCCUUCCUCAUCAACAGCAUGCUGUUAGCACAUCCAGCAUCCCAGCAGAGACCUUGAACGACGUUCCAGGAGCGGAUCAAAACAAGGAAUCGUCAGAAAGCAGCUUAAGAAGUGAAUCGGCAUCGGGCAGCGAUUCUUCAUCCGAAAGCAGCUCGAGCAGUGGUUCGUCAACCAGCAGGAGCCCCUCGUCAUUGCCUUCCAGCUCAUCGUCAGAAUCAUCCGACGAUGAUAAUGCUGAUUCUGCUACCGGAACGACCAAAGGUGGAAGCGUUUACGUAGGCAGGAAAAGGUCAAAACCAAAGCCACAUCAAAGGAAGAAGGAGAAAUUGAAGAAACUAGUGCGAAGUGGGAAAUCCCACAAAACAAGGGGUGGAAACGUCAUUCAGAAGAACGUCCCACGUCCGGCAGCCUGUGACAAAUGUCGGAUGAAGUGCCAAGAUCGGUUUUCCAAAAAAGACCGUCGACAGAUCAACGCCACCUUUUGGGCUCUUGGUAAAUGGGUCAAUGCCGAUGCUACACAUGGCACGAAGGACAAGCAAGACGAGGAGCGUUGGAGGUAGCCAGUGCAUUGCGGCUCUUCAUCAAAGACCACCUAGCAAUAAAGCGAUGGAUUCUGUGGUCUGAUAGCUGUGGGAGACAAAACCGAAAUCGGUUUUUCGUGGCCGCAAUGCUGCAUUUCUCUUUGGGUGGGAUCUCCAG